AGUCCCGGAGCCAGAGUCGGGCCUGCGCCGAGUCCUCCAGCCGCCCGCCCCGCCCCGCGCGCCCCGCGAUGCCGGUGGACCUCAGCAAGUGGACCGGGCCCCUGUGCCUGCAGGAGGUGGACGAGCGGCCGCAGCAUUCGCUGCAGGUCAAAUACGCCGGCGCGGAGAUCAGCGAGCUGGGCACGGUGCUGACGCCCACCCAGGUUAAGAACCGGCCCACCAGCAUUGCUUGGGAUGGCGCUGAUCCAGGUAAACUCUACACCUUGGCCAUGACAGACCCGGAUGCUCCUAGCAGGAAGGACCCUAAAUACAGGGAAUGGCACCAUUUCCUGGUGGUCAACAUGAAAGGCAAUGAUAUCAGCAGUGGCACAGUUCUCUCUGACUAUGUGGGCUCCGGGCCUCCCAAGGGCACAGGCCUUCACAGAUACGUCUGGCUGGUUUAUGCCCAGGAUGGGCCGCUGAAGUGUGACGAGCCAAUUCUCAGCAAUAGAUCUGGAGACCAUCGUGGCAAUUUUAAGGUGGCAUCUUUCCGCAAGAAGUACAAGCUGGGGUCCCCGAUAGCCGGUACAUGUUACCAAGCUGAAUGGGAUGACUAUGUCCCCAAACUCUAUGAGCAGCUGUCUGGGAAGUAGGAGGAUGUUAGGAGAAUGGAAACAGCCCCUGAAGCCCCAGUGUUCUCGAGUUCAGUGAUGCAUGUAGAUUUCUCCUCUUCCCUGUCCCCAUUCUACAUAACAGGCAGACCUGAGCAAUCAGAUAGUGGUUUAGAGUGACUACCUUUUGCUUACCUUUUAUAAUUCUAGAGCAUCAUUCACCAGAUUUAUGUUUUGAUCAAACUUAAACUCCAUUUUGGGGACUAUUUCGUAACUGAUGGGGGUCAUUAAAUUGUUACCGUAAGAAUAGCAACCCGAAUGUAAAGAAAAUUCAGCAGCGCUAGAGUAAUAAUGGAGCAAAACAUCAAAUAAUUCUCUAAAGGAGGUUAGAAAAACAAAAAGAUUCCUUGCCUCUGCCCUUGCGAGUCCAAGUCCAGGACGGUGUGUGAUGACACAGACGUGUUUUCAUGGCCCUCUCUCUCCUGAAGACAACCAGCAGCCGCCAUGUCUGCUAACAGUCAGCAUGCUACAUCUCAGGUUGGUUACUAGGUGUCAGCAUCCCCGUGUGCUUCUUAAAGGAGCAGUACUGGAAAAGCAAUGGGGAGAGUGGCUUUGACAUUGGCUAGAUGAGCUGUGGGGCUGGGUGAGACGUUAUCAGAAGUCCCUCAGUCCAUGCCUGUUAAACUGAUCACUGUUUAUUGGUCUAAAAAGCCAGUCGGGGGUUGCUGGAUGUUGUGUUAAUUCUGCUAUUUGCUUAUAGUUGAAUAAAAAUAAAAAUAUGUGGAUGAAACAGGCCUCUAGAAACUUUGCUAAU